AUGUCUAGUCCUUCCGUGCAGAAAAAGGAGUGCCGGGAUCAGGCCUUGGAAAAGGUCGUCGUAUUCAACGACAGAGCCGAACUCAAACGUCGAGUGCUCUGUGAACUGCAGCCUGGAUUCAACGAAAUUCAUCUUGAGGUUGCCAAUUCAGAAAACCUUUUAUUCCAGAAUGUCACCCAUAACAUCAUCCAUGACUCAGUCCGUGUGGACGGUCGAGGCGACGGGACCAUUCACGACGUUCAACUCACUGAGAAGGCCGCUAUUCAUGAAGACACUGAUUCACCUAAGGCAUUACUUACGAUUGUUUCGAUUGUAUUGCAAGAUGAAAAGAACUACUGGGCUGGAAACAAUGUGGUCUGUCCGCCGAAGGAUUCACGAGAACCCUUCAUUCUUAACAAUGAAACAUUGGAAAGUCUCACACAGUUUUAUUCCUACUACGAAGAAAGAUCUACCGCAGUUCGCGCGGAACUGCGCAAAGCCAAGAAGGUACUUGAGAAAAGCGAAAGAGAGUUGGAAGCCUUAGAAGCGGAACUGAACAGAGCUGAGUCCGACCACAGAGCGAAUCAGUUCAGCAAGUUGAUCGUAAUUACCUUAGAAAGCGAAAAGGGUGGCUCUGUGCAGCUAGAAUUGUCUUACCAGGUCUAUGGCGCUCAUUGGAGUCCCAGCUAUGACUUGCGUGUUGACACAAGUGGAAAGCAAUCUCUCAAGAUCACUUACUUUGGGAAUAUAUCUCAAUCAACAGGAGAAGAUUGGACUAAUGCUUCACUUGUACUUUCUACUGCUCAGCCUUGCCUUGGUGGACAAAUUCCCGAACUUGGCGUUUUGGAAGCUGUUUUCUAUCGUCCUCCACCUCCACCCGUUGCACAGCCGUAUAUGGCCAGAACUAAAAUGUGCGUUUUCAUAGAAGGAGGAAUGAAAAAGUUUUCGUUGAGAGCAGCACCAAUGGCAGCAGGAUCCCUUUUCGCUUCAGCGCAGAAUGAUAUGGUUCUUGAGAGUGCUCCAAUGCAUGUUGAGGUGAACUUUUAUAGCACGGAGUUCAUGAUUACCAAGCCAGCGGCCAUUCCAUCAGAUGGCGCCGAACACAAGGUGACGAUUGGAGUUGUUGACGUUACUCCUCAGAUGAUACAUGAGUGUGUUCCAUGCAAAAACACUAGCACUUUCCUCACUGCUUCUGCAGUUAACUCGUCGGCACUUCCAUUUUUACCAGGCAGUGCAGCUGUUUACCUCAACAACAGUUUCGUUGCAAAGACUCACAUGAAGAACGUAUCUCCUGGCGAAAGAUUCUCCUGCUCUCUUGGGGUAGAUACUGCCCUACGUGUAGAAUACAAACCAGUCAAAAAAUACCAUGAGCAGGUCGGCCUCAUCAGCAAGAGCUCCUCCAACGUUCAUGAGCAGGUAAUAGUCGUCAAGAACUCGCGUGCGCAACCUGUAUUGCUGACGAUCAAGGAGCAGAUUCCGAGAAGCACUGAUGACAAGAUUAAAAUAACUCCUUUAAAAAAUUAUGUGAGUCCAGUCCUUGAUUCAGGAGAUUUAACGACUGCGGCAGAAUUACCCAAAGAAGGAUGCCGACUGAAAGGUGGUAUUCUCGAGUGGACCAUCGCGUUGCAAGACGGGAAAACGGCAGAGUUACACGUGAAGUGGGCUGUUGAUCAUCCGAAGGACGAAGUGGUCGAGUUUGUGGAGCGCCACUAA